GCAGUCAGGCGCGGGCGGCGUUGGCGUUGGCCCACCGCGGCCGAGGGGCGGUUUUCCGGCCGGCCAAUGGGAGAAGGCUGCGUGCCGAAGAGGCUCCUGGGAGAGCGGGGACGAAUGCGGCGCGGGAGGGCGCUGGGCGAGGGAGCUCGGAGCCGAGCCGGCGAGCAGCGAUGGGCGGCGGCGCGCAGGAGCGGGAGAUCCGCCAGCUCCAGAAGGCCAAGGAGAAAGCCCAGCAGAAGGGAGACCUGAAGGAAGAAGCCGCCCUCUGUAACCAGCUGGGUGAGAUCUUGGCACGCCAUGGGCGCUUCCAGGAGGCUCUGGAGGAGCACCGGCAGGAGCUGCGUCUCCUGGAGAGUGUCGAAGAUGUCAUUGGCCGUGCUGUGGCCCACCGGAAGAUUGGGGAGUGCCUGGCAGAGCUGGAGAGCUAUGAAGCAGCGCUGAAGCACCAGCGUCGUCACUUGGAGUUGGCCCGCUCCCUUGCCAAUCGCAUCGAGCAGCAGAGGGCCUGGGCCACCAUUGGCCGCACGUACAUGUUCAUGGCUGAGAGCGACCAGUCCAGCAAGGCGCUGCAGGAGGCAGAGAAAGCCUUCAUGAAGAGCCUGGCUGUUUUGGAGGAAGCACUGGAAGGGGAGGUGCCGCUGCGGGAGCUGAGCGAGAUGCGGGCACGGCUCUACCUGAACCUUGGCUUGGUCUACGACGGCCUGAAGGACCCAGCCAAGCACGGCUACUACAUCAAAAAGAGCAUCUACAUCUCUGAGCAGGCUCACCUGCACGAAGACCUCUACCGGGCGUACUUCAACUUGGGCAACAUCCACCUGCGGGAGGGGGAGCAUUCGAAGGCCAUGCGCUGCCUGGAGAGGGCCCGGGAGUGCGCAGGCAAGAUGAAGGAGAAGUACCUGGAGAGCGAGUGCUGUGCAAGCAUUGCGCAGGUGCUGUUGAGCCUGGGCGACUUGGUGGCAGCCAAGCGCUCUCUGAAGAAGGCCUACCUGUUGGGAUCUCUGCAGCCUCGGCAGCGGGAGAGCAUCUGCCGGAGCCUGCACUAUGUGACCAAGGCGAGCCGCCUGCAGCAAGCGCUGGAAGAGGCGGAGGCAGCCGGCAACCUGCAGACGGCCCUGGGCCUGUGCGAGCAGCUGGGGGACUUCUUCUCCAAGGCGGGGGAUUACCAGCGGUCUGUGGAGGCCUAUGAGAAGCAGUUGUGCCAUGCCCAGGCUCUGAAAUGCCCAGCCCCAGAGCUGGCUGUGAUUCACGUUUCUCUGGCCGCCACCUUUGGAGACCUGAAGGAUUAUGCGCGGGCAGUGCAGCACUAUCGGGAGGAACUGAGACUGCGGCAAGGCAACCCCCUGGAGGAGGGGAAGACGUGGCUGAACAUCGCCCUGGCCAAACUGGAAACCCGGGAGAGUUAUGAGAAGCUGGAAUCCUGCUUCCAAACGGCGCUGCAGUGCGCGGAGAAGGCCCACGACCCCAAACUGCAGUGUCGCAUCCUGCAGCAUUUCCACGCCUGCCAGCAGAGAUGGGGACGCCCUGAGGCUGCAGGAACACUGGCCAGGCUGCGAGAGCUCCGCCAAUCCCAGGGCUGGCACUCCGAUGGGGAGGCCAGCGAGGAGGAGGAGGAGGAAGAGGAGGCUCAGAGCAGCGAGCCCUGGGAGGAGAGCGACCUGGAACUCUCGGAGAGCGACGGAGAGGAGGACAUGGAGGGCUGCAGCAAAAGCAUUCCCAGCCGGCGCAGACUCCACAAGUGGAACCAGCGGAACGACAGGGGCGAGACCUUGCUGCACCGGGCCUGUAUCGAGGGGAACGUGCGCCGGGUGCGCUUCUUUGUGGAGAAGGGUCACCCUCUGAACCCACGGGACUACUGUGGCUGGACCCCACUGCACGAGGCCUGCAACCACGGGCAUCUGGAGGUUGUCCGUUUGCUCUUGGACCAUGGCGCCACCAUCGAUGACCCCGGGGGGCCUGGGUGCGAGGGCAUCACCCCCCUGCAUGAUGCCCUCAACUGCGGCCAUUUUGAUGUGGCUGAGCUGCUGGUCGAGAGGGGGGCCUCGGUCCUGCUGCACAAUGCCAAGGGCCUGAGCCCCCUGGGCACUCUUCAGGAGUGGGUGCGGCUCUACGGCCGGGACCUGGACCGGGAGACUCGCCAGCGCUGCAAGACCAUGGAGGGCCUGCUCCGGAAGGCCAUGGCCGGCCGAGGCUCCAAGUCUCAGGCCCCCCGAGAGCAGCUGGCCGCUCAGCUCUUCGACGCAGAGUUCGCAGAGGCCGAAGCUUCCGGCCCCCCCGGCCCGGCCCUGCCGCCCCCCAGUCCCAGGAGGGCGCCCAGCCUGAGCGGCAAAGGGGAGCCCAGCCUCGGCCACCCCGAGCCGGAAGGCGACUGCAUGGCGCCACUGAGGCCGGUCAAGAAGAGGCAGCGGCUUCUGGGCCAGAGGCGGGCCCGGGACGAGGGGAAGCCAGCGCCCCAGGAGGCUGAGCCGGCCGCCCCAGCCGAGUACCGGGCCGCCAUCCGCGGUCUGGGCAGCGCCUGGUCCCGAAUCCCUGCCAGCCCCCAACACCUGGCCCCUGCCGACGGGCCAGCCCUGAUCCCCCCCGAGGAAUACGUGGGAGACGACUGGCUGGAAGACGACCUCGGCCAGAGCUGGGGGGGCCGCAAAAGGAGCCGCCCCAGCGAGGAAGAGGAGUCGGAGUCGGAGCCGGAGGCAAGCCCGGAGCCCCAGAGCAACCGUGGGGGCCCCUGCCAGCCCCCUGAGGCUGCCAGGAGGCGGCGCCCGCGGAACAGGCAAAGCCGCCUGACCCAGAUCGUAGACCGGACCCCGCUGGGAAAGACGGCAGGGGCCAGCGUGGUGGACGGCCCAGCAGGGCCCGAGCCCGGCAGCCUGGGGGGGUCCGGCAAUGGCAGCCGGGUCGACGGCGAAGCCGGGGGUGGAGCGAGCCCACCGCGGGGGCUGGCACAGCCUCCUGCUCCUCCACCGCCAAUUCGGGUGCGAGUUCAAGUGCAGGAUAACGUCUUCCUGAUUCCCGUGCCCCACAGCGGCAGCAGCGAGAGUCCCCGUGUGUCGUGGCUGGCAGAGCAGGCCGCCCAGCGCCACUACCAGACCUGCGGGCUGCUGCCGCGCCUCACUCUGAAGAAGGAGGGCGCCCUCCUGGCCCCCCAAGACCUCAUUGGGGACGUCCUGCAAAGCAACGAGGAGGUGCUGGCGGAAGUGGAGUCCUGGGACCUGCCCCCCCUGGCGGAGAGAUACCGCAAGGCCUGCCGGAGCCUGGCUGUGGGGGAGCACCAGUUGCUGCUGAAGACCCUGGGGCGACAGGAGGCGGGGCCUUCCUUCAGCGCCUCCGGCCUGGCUCUGCGCCGCCGCCACCUGACCCCGCUCCUGCGGGCCCUCAAGCUGCAGACCUCCCUCCGGCGGCUCUCUCUCUCCGGGACCGGCCUGGGCGACGACGCGGCGGGCGAGCUGCUGGCCUGCCUCCUCACCCUGCCCGGCCUGAAGCGCCUGGACCUCUCGGCCAACCAGCUGGGCCCCGAGGGGCUGCGCCAGCUGGCUGUGGGGCUCUCUGGCUCGCCUGCCCUCCAGCACCUGGAAGAGCUGGAUCUCAGCUUAAACCCCUUGGGCAACAGCAGCGGCCAGUCCCUGGCCUCACUGCUUCAGGCUUGCCCCGUCCUGAGCACCCUCAGCCUGCAAGCCUGUAGCCUCACCCCAGCUUCUCUGCAGCACUACCGCCUCCUGCUGGCCAGUGCCCUGAAAGGGGCUGUGCAUCUCCAGAGGCUUACGGUGUCCCACAAUGCACUGGGCUCCGCAGGCCUUGAACUGCUCCUCACGAGCCUGCCUUGCGAGACGCUCACCCACCUGGAGAUCAGCUCGGUCAGCGCAAGAGCAGGGGACCAGCAGCCUCUGCGAGAUGCGGUGGUCUCCUACCUGCUGCAGGAAGGCUGCGCUCUCACCCACCUGGCUCUCUCUGGGAAUCACGUGGACGAUGCUGCCGUGGCAGAACUGGCCAGGUGCCUGCCCAUCUGCCUCCCUUUAGUCUCGCUGGAUUUGGCUGCAAACCCUGAAAUCAGCAUUGUUGGCCUCCGGAUGCUGCUCCUGGCCCUGGAGGAGAGGAAGCGUGGCCUCCAGUUCCUCAGCUUGGCGGGCUGCGCCGUGAAAGGCCCCCUGGACGGCGUCACCUGGGCCAAGCUGUCUGCCAACGUGCGCCAGCUGCUGCUGUGCAGCCACCACCUGAGCAGGAGUGACCAGCGCGACGUCGCCGAACUGUGGCCCAGCCCUGCAGGCGCCUCUCUGCACUCGCUCACCCGCCACCACAAGCUCUUCUGCCAGUGCGUGCAGUAAGGCUUAGCAGCCAGGCUGGACGCGAGCCUCUCUGGGCUAGCGUGGCUUCAGCAGGCUCUGCGGCCAGCCUUGUACACUGAGCCCGGCGGAGGGGAAGCGCUUGCUCCGGCCCAAGAGGCACUUCCCAGCCCCCCUGGAGGCGGCUGACACCCCCAGCCCACACACUGUUUGGCCAGGACUGCUGCAAGCAAGUGGGGAGAUGGCCUGCCUUGGACCCCAGCGGGUGUGUCUGCGUCUUGUCCUGGCCCCUUGCCCCCUGUGUAUUUAUUGAAUCUUUCCUGUACAAAG